UCAGGGGGCUGGCUGGCUGCGAGUUGCGGCAGCGAGACCGGCCGGGAAGAUGCCAGUGGCCGUGAUGGCGGAAAGUGCCUUCAGUUUCAAAAAGUUGCUGGAUCAGUGCGAGAACCAAGAGCUCGAGGCUCCUGGAGGAAUUGCUACACCCCCAGUGUAUGGUCAGCUUCUAGCUUUGUAUUUGCUCCAUAAUGAUAUGAAUAAUGCAAGAUAUCUUUGGAAAAGAAUACCUCCUGCUAUAAAAUCUGCAAAUUCUGAACUUGGGGGAAUUUGGUCAGUAGGACAAAGAAUCUGGCAGAGAGAUUUCCCUGAGAUUUAUACAACCAUCAAUGCUCACCAGUGGUCUGAGACGGUCCAGCCAAUCAUGGAAGCAUUGAGAGAUGCGACGAGGAGACGAGCCUUUGCCCUGGUCUCUCAAGCAUACACCUCAAUAAUCGCCGAUGACUUUGCAGCCUUUGUUGGACUUCCUGUAGAAGAGGCUGUGAAAGGUAUAUUGGAACACGGAUGGCAAGCGGACUCCACCACCAGGAUGGUUCUGCCCAGAAAGCCAGUUGCAGGGGCCCUGGAUGUUUCUUUUAACAGGUUUAUUCCCUUAUCAGAACCUGCUCCAGUUCCCCCAAUCCCCAACGAACAGCAGUUAGCCAGACUCACUGACUAUGUGGCUUUCCUUGAAAACUGAUUUCUCAUUCUGUGUUCAGGAUCCCACCAUCAGAAUCCUGUAUACUGACAAAUAUAGAUACGUAAAAUUUUUAUUUUCAGUUUAUUGGAUGGAUUAAGCACCUCAGCAUUCAUUAGUGAGUAUGUGGUAAAAUAACAUAUAUAAUAUAAAGCAUAUUAUAUAUAUUUUGUCCUUAAACAUUAUGCUGAGUAGUUGUCGAAAUAAUUCUCAUUUUGUGCAAAAUUUAAUAAUUUGGAUGGAGCCCGUUAGUAUUGGGCAGUCAGUUUAUAUUCGCUGGUGGCUGAGAACGUUAGCUCCCCUGCUUCGUGUGGAACAGUGGUUGUCAGCCAUCCUUCCCUGCCCCAGCACACACCACAUCCCAUCUGCACCACUGGUUGAUAGUUGUAGUGAUUCAUUGGAGGUUGAAGGAGGACUUAAGAUUCGGGGCAGAACCUGAGUUGCUGCGAUUGUGAUGUACCCUCUUUGUGGAACAUGCUCUCUUUUCUCCCCACCUCCUGCGAAUCACACUGAGGAACGCAGAAGCAUAGCUGAGAAACAAGUAGACCGUUGCUUUAGUAAACCAGUUAGUGAACUUUAGAUGUUUUAUGAUAGCGUGAGUACAUCCAUUGCUGGCAGUGGAGGGCUUGCCAUGGAAAUGCAACUUAUUUAAGACAUUCAUGAAAAGUAUUAAGUUGUAAUGUCUCCUUUCAGAAGAAGGGAAAAGUUAAUGUGGAAUGCAUUGUAUGGGAAAAGAAGCCAUUGACAUAAGUGAUACACUUUGUACAACUAUCCUGCAGCCUGUUGGUUGCUUCUGUUUGUCCCUUGAUUCAAGUUCUACCUUUUGAGAAGUACCGAACAAGUGACAGCCCUCUGAAUAUUUGAAGUUGUUUAUUGUAUCUUCAGGUUAAAACACUCUUUCGUUCAUUUAUUCUUCAUUUGUUCAAUAAAUAUUUAAUUGAAAAAAAAAA